AUGACUGGAACGCUCGACUCACGAUUGCUUGCUGCGGUUUUUGUUUUUUUAGACGGUUCCUCCCUUCUCCACGACUUGCGACGACUGCGUCAACCCAAAGCGUUUUCACGGUUACGACGUUCCACGAAGCUUGCCACGAUUGCAUCUUGCAUUUUUCGCAUUGCCUGUUGGAGCCUCUGCAGUAUUGACUUUUGCCCUUGUAACGACUUUGCAUCUGUUCUCCCAUUUAACCGCGCAACCAUUUACCUGGCAUUGGAUUUAUUUUUCUCUUUCCUCCUGUCAAUAACGUUGGACCUUGUCAAGUCUGACGUUCAACUACGGGUUCGUUUCUUAAACCGUUUCCCCCCCACCGAAAAACUGGAGCUACCGUCGAUUUCCCAGGUCCACACUCGAGGUCCUGUUGACAUUCCCUGGUAUAAUCAUCACGCGGCAGAGAGACCUCUGUUGUCUGGCGACAAGCUUCCGGCUCUCAGUUUACCCACGGCCUCGCAGCCGCCCCUAUCGGGCCUGGCCUAUCGGACGAGCUACGAAGACGGGUCCGCGUCGUCUACCAGCAGCAGCGCGCGAACGAGUCUGUCUGGUCCCGCGCCGGUGAUCGAAGCGAGAAGUCCUCCGUCCUCGUCUGCUGAUCUGCCCGGGUCAGCCCCCCCGGAUUACAGUCUCCCCCCGAGCUCCGUGGCCGAGAGCUACUAUCCAAGCCAGACUCAACUCACCACCAGUAUGAACCAAACACAAGCGUAUAUGGACGUGCAUUCGUCCCAUCUGUCGUCCGGACAGCCGUAUGCAUCCCAUGCUGCAACCGCGGGAGCACUGGCGCAUUACCCGCAGUACCAUCAGCAGCCACCGGUGCUUCAGCCCACAGCCACAUAUGGGCCAGCCAGCUCCUACUCACCGUAUGCUUAUCCUAAUGGGGUAACAUCAUCCCAGUCCGCGCCACAACCUCCAACCACCUCGAUGAGCAAUCAGGUUCCGGCUCAAUUACUCCCUCUACCAGUGACCAACCAUGCGGUCGCGGCCCCAGGCUAUGGUAAUAGCACCGGCACUCCGAUGCAAGGGUACGUUUAUGAUACCACGGGGCAAGUCGCACCUCCGGGCGCCAAACCCAGGGUCACUGCCACGCUAUGGGAGGACGAGGGAAGUCUUUGCUACCAAGUGGAAGCUAAGGGUGUAUGUGUUGCCAGAAGAGAAGAUAACCAUAUGAUCAACGGAACUAAACUGCUGAAUGUUGCAGGCAUGACCAGAGGCCGGAGAGAUGGCAUUUUGAAGAGCGAAAAGAUUCGCCAUGUUGUCAAGAUUGGCCCCAUGCACUUGAAGGGUGUUUGGAUUCCAUUCGAACGUGCCUUGGAGUUUGCCAACAAGGAGAAGAUCACAGAUCUGCUAUACCCCUUAUUUGUCCACAACAUUGGUGGCCUGCUGUACCACCCAACCAACCAAACGCGAACCAACAUGGUGGUUCAGGAGUCACAACAGCGUCGACUCGAAGGUCCCCCACCAGCUCGCACCUCUCAAGGCCCUCCUCAACCUCCUAGCCUCCAUCAUCACCACCACCACCACCACCAUUCCUUGCAAACCCCCGUCCCGACUCAUAUGCCUCAACCCCAUGCCAUGGCGUCCCAGCCCGGAGGCCGUCCCUCUUUGGAUCGCGCUCAUACAUUCCCCACCCCACCUGCGAGUGCCUCGAGCCUCAUGGGGAUUACCAGCCAAGGCAGCUCGUACGAGUGGAACCAAGGGAUGAACUCGGGCGUGCCAAAUUCACAGCCUCUGUCGAUCGAUACCGCGUUGAGCCGGUCGAUGCCCACCACGCCCGCCACCACCCCGCCCGGCAGCAAUCUGCAAGGAAUGCAGUCGUUCCAGAAUCCCGCGGGCUACGACAGCUCCAAGCCCUACUAUUCCGCGGCUCCUCCUUCCCACCCCCAUUACGCGCCGCAGCAACCCUUGACGCAACAAGCCAUGGCACCAUAUGGGGGCCACCCGAUGCAGACCAACACUUACCUCAAGAGUGAAAUGGCACCGCCUCCCUCGGGACGCCCAUCGGGACAGUCCGAGACCGACGCGGCUGAUGUCAAGACGGACCGUUAUGCCCAAAGCAACGGACAUGUGACCGGGGGAGCCCCGGAGCCUGUCCCUGCGGAGCACGAGUCGGAGUAUGUUCAGCAGGACAACUCUGGGUACAAUGCUAGCCGCGGUUCCUACACUUACACGACAAACCCUUCCGUUGGUAGCCUUGCCGGGGAUCCCUCUCAGCUCACACCCGACAUGACUGGUUCCCCAUCUCAACCGAAUGGUUCCGGACGGAUGACUCCCCGCACCAGCGGUGCUGCUCCUCAAUGGCCGUCCGGAUACCAUACUCCUCCGCCGCCUCCUCCUCCUCCUCCCCGCCCUGCAGCGGCGGGGAGCCUGUACAAUAUUGUCAGCGACACUCGAGGCACUCCUUCCGAUACUUACUCGGUGGCAUCCACCUCAGCCUCGGCUUACUCAACCGCUAUGAACGGAUCUCUCGGAUCCAACAAGCGUAUGCGCGACGACGACGACGAUGUGGAUCGCAUUGUUCGUCCUGACAGCCGUGGCGGAGACUAUGAGAGUAAGCGCCGCAAGACUUUGACCGAAGCGACUGUGGGCGGCCCCGUCGGCGGCGUUCCUCUUGCUCUGCAACCCAUGAAAGCCGGUGGGGGUGUGAUGGCUCGUCGUCGUUAA